AUGAUUUUAUUUGGUGCCGUUGUCUGGCUUUUGACAGUCGCGGAAUCAGAUAGCAACUUUUUGAACAUCGAUGAUAUCAGACUUGUCAAUGGCACUGGACCAUUUGGCGGGAGAGUUGAGAUUAGUAUCAAUGGGAUCUGGGGCACGGUCUGUGAUGACUCAUUUGAUAUGAAUGAUGCCGCCGUUAUGUGCAGAAUGAUGAAUCUCAAAGCAUCGGCGUUUGUGACUGGAGCAUGGUUCGGGCAAGGAUUGGGUCCAAUAUUUGCUCAAGAGUUUGAGUGUAGGGGAUACGAAACUCACCUGCGAGACUGCCCUUUCGUAUCCAAUGUUCAAUGUACAAAUGAAAGGGACGUUGGGAUAAUAUGUUCUGAAUGCGGAAAAAUUGAAAUAAACAAUGGUCAUGCAUCGUCCAUAUCUGCAAACGGAACUGAACUAUCAGUUGUUUGUAACAACAAUUUCAAGACCAAUGUCACUACAAGCAUUUGCGAGAAUGAAGUAUGGACAAUGCCGUCAGUAACAUGCGUUUAUGAUAUAACCGACAUUCGGUUAACCGAUGGUAUUGGGCUGUAUGACGGAAGAAUUGAAUUAUUAGUGAACGGUACUUGGGGAACAGUGUGCGCCACUUCAUUUUCAUGGCCGGAGGCAAGAGCAAUUUGCAAUAUACUUUUUGGCACCACCUGGUAUCGAACAUACCAUUCGGCUAAUCCGUCAUACUACGGAGUAAAAACUGGUCCUAUCUUUAUUGACAAUCUGGACUGCGAUGGAUCGGAGAAUGAUAUAAAUGAAUGUUCUUAUAGCCUUGAUGUUUCAUGCACGAGCCACUCAAGCGACGCUGUAGUAGCAUGCAAUGUUUUACCCUUAAAUGUCACCGAUACUCGCCUUGUAAAUGGUACCGGACCAUACGACGGUCGUGUCGAAUUUUUUGUCGAUGGCCACUGGGGAACGAUAUGCAACAGAUACGUAGAUAUGUAUGAUGCUCAAGCCAUUUGCAACACACACAAUGCAAGUUUAGCUACAUACUUUGAUACCGCAUUAUAUGGAGAAGGUUCAGGACCAGUACUAAUUGGUUAUAUAUCAUGUGGCUCUGGACGAGAUCAUGUAAAUGAAUGUUCAUACUACUCACCGUUUCGUAGUAGUUGUCGUCACAAUUACGAUCUCUCUAUAGCAUGUACACCUUGUGGAUUACCAGACAUAUACAAUGGAGCACCGUUCUCGUUUAAUAACACUGAGCUGACUGUAAAAUGCUAUACAGGAUUUUUUCCUUAUUAUAUCAAAAUGACGUGUUUGAGCAAUGGUUCAUGGGCUGAGGAUGGAAGAUGCACUUCGUAUGACGAUUACCCUCUCAAUAUCCAUGAAAGUCGUCUCAUAAGUAGUUAUGUGCCAACCGAAGGACGAGUAGAGCUCUUGGUGAAUGACAUAUGGGGAACAAUUUGUGACAACAACUUUGAUUUGCAAGAUGCUACUGUUAUUUGCAAAAUGUUCGGUUUACAGUACAGUGGCCAUUACGUAAAGGCAAGAGGCUUUGGAAGAGGAACCGGUCCUAUAUACAUCGAUGUGUUGGAUUGCAACGGAACAGAAACACAUAUAAAUGAGUGCAGCUAUAACAUAUCAAACACUUGUACACAUUACGAUGACGUUGGUGUCAUUUGCAGCGGUAUAAAUCUCAAUUGA